AUGGUACGUGGUUGUACGGACAACGUUCUCAUUAGGACCCGAAAGUUUAUGUCCAAUAGAUUGCUUUCUAGGAAGCAAAUGGUUUUGGACGUCUUUCAUCCAGGACAGCCUGUUCUUUCUAAGAAAGAAAUUCGUGAACGCUUGGCCAAAAAGUACAAGACUACCCCUGAUGUCGUAUUUGCUUUCGGGUUUCGCACCAAAUUUGGUGGAGGGAAGUCUUCUGGAUUCGUGAACGUAUAUGACUCUCUUGAUUAUGCUAAGCGAUAUGAGCCUAAGUUUCGUCAAGCACGCAACGGUCUUAUAUCGAUAGAGAAGAGCGCGCGUAAACAACGCAAGGAAAAGAAGAACAAACUAAAGAGGAUCCGUGGUACAGCUAAAGCCGACGGUGUUGAAAAGAAGAAAAAGAAGAAGAAGUAG